CUACCCCCCCCCCAUCAGUCUCUCUUUCCCUCUCUAUCAAUCUCGCCUUCAUUCCCGUGCACACGUAAAACCGGUUUAGUGCAGGCUGCGUGUGUGAACCAUGAAAACACUCCCGUCAGGACGCUUUUUACUGGACUAGGAAUCAGGCGUGUUCCCCCGUUUAGCUCGGCGGCUUCGCCCGGUGUGCGCCGCGGACUGACUGCUCACAUCUGAAGAGUUGGAUUGGAUUGACCGACAGCGGCGGGAGAGGACUGUGUUACCCCACACACAGGACAAAGAAGACAGGGGGGGAAAUUACGGGAAAAAGAUAAGAGUGGAAGAAGAAAAGAAUGAAAAUGGAUAGCUGUCUCUUCACACUCGUCUUUGGUCUGUUAAUGCUCGGUGGGUGCUGGGCCCGGGUGGUGUCGGUGUCUCCUGGUCCAUUAAUCCGGGUGGAGGGUCAGACGGUGUCCAUCAGAUGUGAUGUUAAUGACUACAGCGGACCUAGAGAGCAGGAUUUUGAUUGGAUGAUGUCCAAGGAGGCGAACGGGAAGAGGAUGAACAUCAUUUCCACCAUCGACGUCAGCUACUCCGACCCGUUGCUCAGCAAGCGCGUCGCGUCCGGCGACAUCUCGGUGGUGCGCCUCAUGGACAACGAGGUGGAGCUGAAGAUAGCGGAGGUGAAGUCAACCGACGCCGGUUUCUACUGGUGUCGAACCCCGAGCACGGACUCCGUCGUCAGUGGCAACUACGAGGCUAAGGUCCAACUCACUGUCAUCCUCAACACCCUCAAGGUCUCGCCCCUGACCCCGCCCCCAGUCAUCCCAGAAGGAAGUGACCUGGCGCUCUCCUGCAACGUCACCCGGGAGCUCACCCACUCCACCUACCUCUCCGUCACCUGGUCGGUGAAGAGGGGAGCGACAUCGGAGGAAAUUUUGACUUUUGGCCCUCAGGGAGACGUGGUCACAGGGGCCAAGUACACCCGGCGCUACGCUGAUGGAGGCAUCCGAUUGGUCCCCGGGAAGAAUGGCUUUUUUGAACUGGUGAUUUCCAAAGUGACGACGUCUGAUGAGGGGAUUUAUGAAUGCAACGGAACUGAAUGGACGUAUGAAAAUGGAGGGAAAUGGAUCAAAAUCGUGGAGAGCAAAAAAGAGAUGGGAACUGUGUCUAUAACUCCUACAGGCCAGUCCCUCAGUGUGAAGGCUUCGUCUUCGUCUUCCUCCUCCACGCCCCUGCUGCUCUCCCCCGGCGAGAAGCUGACCCUCGUCUGCUACGUCGCCGCCGACAACCUCCCCGCCCUCGCCCUGGAGGUGACCUGGCUGGCCGACGGCCGCGAAAUAACCACCAUGGAGCUGAGCGGGGUGGUGAUCUCCAACACGUCCUCGAGCGGCGCGCAGGGCAAGCGAGGGGAGGCGAGCCUGGAGCGGACGGGAGUCGGAGAAUACAAGAUGGGGGUGAGGGGGGUGAGCGGGGAGGACGCGGGGGUGUACGCCUGCCGCGUCCGAGCCUUCAUCGAGAAAGGAGGAAGGAGCUCGGGAGGAGGAGGGAGGUGGCACAUGGUGGCCGAGAAAACGUCCAGCCCUUUAACAGUGAAGGUGGCACAGAUCAAACCGAGCUUCACGGUGACCCUUGAAGCCGUGCUGAACCCCAAGAUGACGGCCGAGCCCACAGAGCUGGCGUGCCGUGUCACCAACAUUACCCAUCUAUCCCUGGGAGGCCGACUGGGUGUCACCUGGCUGCACACCCCACUUCCUGGUACAGGGAGUGGUCCUCAGACCUCACAUCCCAUUGGCUCCCUGGACGGCUAUGGCAACCUGUUGCCAGGACAGGUGUAUUCUGAAAGGCUGAAGAGCGGCGUGAUGUCUCUGACCAGAGUCCAGCCCGACACAUUUAAACUGCGAAUCCUCCGCACUCAGGAGAUUGACAUGGGCCAGUAUGUCUGCACUGUGUCUGCUUGGAGUGUUAACAGCCAGGGUGACAUCGUGAAUACUGCCGAGUACCAGAGCUCGCAGCUGGCUGUACGAUGGGAUACCAAACGUCCCACUCUGAACGUCGUGGCCAAACGCAUCCGUGAAGCCUCGGUGGGCGGUGCUACCUUUGAGAUGAGCUGCAUCGUGGCCACUGAGAACCUCGGUGAGGCGGGUUACUCGGUGCUCAUCCAAUCGCAGGACAGCCUGGAUGGCACCGUGAGAACCAUCAUGAGUCUCAGCCCGGACAACGUCCUGCAGCACGGAGGAGCCACAGACCCCAACAGGAGAGACAGUCUGGUUCUGACCAAGUCCGGUCCGGCAGAGUUUCAGUUUCGGCUAGCGGGCGUCCAGUUGUCCGACAGAGGCUUCUACUGGUGCGACAUCACCGCGUGGACCAAACAGCAGGCGGGACAAGCUUGGACAAGAGCCACCAGUGCAGAGUCUAACAAAGUCAGGAUCGACUUCCAAGAAAAUGGGCCGUCCUAUUCCGUCGCCAUCCAUUCAGACACCAGCGUUGUGAAUCCGUGGGAAACGGCCAAGAUGGAGUGUGCGCUCGGAGUCACUGGGUCUUCCCCGAAGACCGGCACGCAGACAGAUGACCUGGCCUAUGAGGUGCACUGGUUUUUCACCAGGCUGCGCGGCGGAGAGACGACGACCGAGGUGGCCAGCGUCGACCGCUUCGGCGUUGUGACGAAAGACGUUCGCAACUCAUCCAGUGACAUUUCAAUAGAGCGCAAAGACACACACACCUACAUGUUGAACAUCCAUGGCACUCAGGACAGUGACAGUGGGGAGUAUCACUGUGUCGCCACCCCCUGGUACCUGUCGGCCUCAACGGGAGCCUGGACUCAAGCCGGAGGGCUGACAUCCCCUCGAGUCUUCCUUACAGUCCGAUUUGCUGUGUGGGACUCCCUCAAGUUACCUCUCUUAUACGGAGUAGCAGCCUCAAUAGGUGUGGGCCUCUUCUCUCUGGUCCUAGGUCUGGUUUGCGCCCAGUGCUGCUGCCGCAACACCACACACACUCCGCGCUCCCGCAACAAACUCAUGGACCUGGAGAUGGACUGACAAACACUUUCCCCCGCACCCACACACUGCAGCGCUCACAGGAAACACCACACACACAACAGACACACGCCCAUAGACGAUUUCUGGGACACCCAGUUGUUUCCAUGCGAAGGACGUUGGGAGUAAAACGACACAUCGCCUUGGAAACCGAAGCCUGACUCGUCAAUCGCAGUGCUUUGGGGGGGGUGCUCGGGGUUUCUUCGGCUCUGCAGUGGUGGAGCAGGGGAACGCACCAAUGAGACUUGUUUUUCUAUGGAGAUCCAUUAAUAUCUGCGGAGCUUCCAGUGAUUUUUUUUUUUUUUUUUUUUUCUUUUUUUUUACCCAAGAAACUCAAGAGUUUAAUUUGUGUGGAACAGGAUGCUUCUGAGACAUCACUGCCACUUGGGAAUAAAAGGACCACUAAAGGAUAACAGAUGAAGCUCUCAGGCUGGACUACUGUUUUUUUUCUGACGCCAAGGCUACCUGCAAAGAACAACCAGGCACACAAGCGUAUCCCCGUAUGGAUUUUCCUUUUUUGGGGAAAUUCAAGCCUUGGAGAGACGGAAGUGGCAUUUCAGCUGCGUGCCUGCGCCUCGACAUAUCCCUGUUAGGUCACUAAAGUUGUUUUGUAUGUGCAGAGUUUAGGCGGUUUAGGCAGCCUGAGACUUAUUCCUGUAGUAAGUCACGUCCAUGUGGGCCGCAGAGGUCCUAGAAAACACAAAAGUGGUGCUCCGCGUGCUUUCCACACCAGAGGUAUUGCACUUCCAUCCCAGAGUAUUCCUACCUUAACCGAAAGAUUUUUAAUUCUCCACUCUAGUUUUUUGAAAAAUUUAAGACAUUUUAAAAUCAGAGACAUUUUUAAGCUUUACAAUGACAUAUGCAGUUAGUGUGUUUGUGUGUGAGAUAUAUACUGUACGUGGUGCAAAUAUUUGAACUAACAGAGGCGUGCUGGGUUCAUAUCGCCAGGUCAACACUUGAACUGCCACUAGAAGUGGUGACAGCAAGCACUCUUCUUUUUAUAGAUAUUCAGAAAUGUAUCCUGCUGUUGUUUUACCAGAGUCUCGUGUGUGUUAGUGCGAGUGCUGUGCUACAGUAUGUGAGACAGAGUUGCAUGUACUGUUUUUUUUUUUUUUUUAUAAGGACAGACUGAUGUCAUUCAGGAGCAACACAAGCCUUUUCCUGGGUUCCAUUUUUCAUGACACAUCCAGGUAUUUAAACCUAGCCGUCACUAAUCUAGACUCUCAUGUGUUCAUGUGAGCGACAUGACUCUGUGUGGGCACUGGUGCAAGGAAAUCGAUGACUUUUGAACAAUCAUGCAUGAUUCUCAGUUUUGGUUUUUUAAAGGAAUAGUGAAACAUUUUGGAAAAUGCGCGUAUUCGCUUUGUUUCCAAUAUGGGAAGAUCUCAUAUCAGUGCAUUUAAGUAAGGAGCUGGAGUCAGGAUGUGGUUAGCCUAGCUUAGCAUAAAGACAGGAAACAAGGGACACAGCUAGACCAGAUCUGUCCAAAGUGAAUAAAAAACACCCACCAGCACCGUUAAAGCUCAAGAAUAACAUAUUGUAGGUUGUAUUUAUAGACGAAUAAAAAUGUUGAAACCCGUUAAACGCUUUGAAAUUAAACGCUGUAACAAUUUCUUGCCUGGGCAGAGGAAUAAACUGCUCUUUAAGAAAAAGUUCUAGCAUGUACAACAACAUUGCAAUUUAUAUACAGAUUAAAACAACCAGAGAAAACAUGUUAGAGGUGCUGGUAGUCCUUUUUAUGAAUUUGAGCGUUUUCUAUUCAGUCUUUACGCUAAGCUAAGCUAACCAUGUUCUAAAUCUUCUUAUCUGUCUCUGAAAAAGGAAGCAAAUAAGCUUAUUUCCUAAAAUGUUGAACUAUUUUAAUCACCACAUGAUUUCAAUGAGUUUAAGGGGCAGUUAACAUUUCCCAAUUAUCACUUUUGGUUCAGCCAAGUGAGCAGUUCCCCUUUUUCUCGUUCAAAGCUAAAAACAUUCAGAAAGUGUCAGACUGUUCCUUAGCUGUCGCUUACUAGCCAAAAAAAACUUUCAGUAAAUUGGUUUUCAGAGAUUUGAACUGCAACACUAGAUAUGGCCCUUUUCCAACUGAGUUUCAGUGAAAAGUUUCACCAGGCACUUAACAGCCAAAACUGAAAAACAAAAAAAAGAAAUGUCUGUAGAACAUAAACGCGACCAGCUGAUUAGGAAAGAAAGCUGUUCCCAACUGACAUCUGUGGAGUCUCUUUGGUGUUUAUAUAGCAAACCAAUGAAUUGUUGUAUCACGUUGACUGGCUGUGUGAACGCACACUCCCAGUUCCAGCAAACACAAAGUGAGGACGUGUGUGUGUGUCCAAACCCAGCAGGAUCCAAACAGACCUGUUAGGUUUGGAAUAUAAAAGUGCCAGGCUGUGUUUCCUCCUCUACCGGCUUGGCUUGGACAGGGCUUUGUUUGAUGUUUUUAAAUAGUUUUU